UGAAUAUAAUGAGUGGAACACUAACAUGCUAUUUUUGAUUAUUGUAACAUGAGUGUUGUUCUGGUGUAGUUACAACGAAUUUGUGAGUAUAAAGUGAAGGUUGACAAGUUUGUGUUGAUUGUUGGAUGAUUUUGAUUACAAAAAAUUGCAAAAAUACUUUGUAUUUAUGGAAUUAACUUAAAAAGUUGCUCGGGCAAAAAAUGUAGGGUUUUAAAUAAAGUUCAUAUAUUAUAAAGUAAAUACUGUGAUAAUCUUCGCCAUUUGAGGCUGUGAUUUAGGUAAAGUAGUUAAUAAUUUGAUUUAAAAUCAUGUCAGACGAAACAGGCAUUGUUAAAAAAAUAAUAGAAACAAAAAAACAGACGGAAGAAUUAAAAACUCAAUUACAAAACUUAAUAGACGAAGGGAAAAAUUUAUUCCGUCCGUCACAAUCAACAUCGAAUUUGUUAAUAAGUAAAAAUGAAGAACCGUUAAAAUCGCCAAAUAAAGUACAAAUAAUGAAAUCUUACGAAAACAAACAUUCCCAACAAAAAUCCGAUCCGAACAUUCCAAGAAAGACUGAAAAUACCGACGUCCCCAAGAAAUCACGUUCAUAUGAUGUGAAAGAAGCGCGAAAAUAUAUUAAGAAACAAAAGGAAAAACGUCUAGAGCAAUCUAAGGUCAAUAACGAAUCGAAAAUAAAUGCCGAACUACAAAAACAAAAAUUACAGGAAUUACAUAAAAAAUCGAUGUUAUUAUUAGCUCAAAAUGUAAGAGCAAAACGGGAAAGGUCAAACACAAGAGACAAAAAUACAUAUGUAAGGCCACAAGAUACUACCACAACACAAAAUAUAGGAAGGAGUAAAUCUAUGGAUAGAAUAAGUAGUACUGGUCCUGGUAAAUCCAAAAAUCCAAAUUUGUUGUACCCUCCAUCACCAACAUUUAAAAAUAAGUCUUUAGAUCCCAAUGUGAAAGCUACUGCUGUGGAAAAAGGUCAACCAGAAAAAUUUGUCAUAUUAGCAAGAAACUUUACCCGCGGAGCUACUAAACGCGAAGCAACUAUAAACCAAUCAGCUUCUAUAACAUUCAGACAAAAAAUAGAUUUAGAUAAAAAUACAAAUGAAACACAUAAUGAUAUGGAAAAUAUUCAAGAAUCUAAUAAUGAUAAUCAAGAUGUAAUUUUCAAACCAAACGAUAGUCCAAAAAUUAAGAAAUUGCAUCACUUAACAACCCAAAACCUGUUUAAUAAAGAGUUCGAAGAAAGUGAUAACCAAAUACUUUCUUCAGUCAAGCCUUGUGGUGAUUCUAUAAAAAACAUUCUGGAGUAUAAAUCUCCGCUUUCGAAUAUCUCUAACAUCACUAUAAGACCUCAAAAUGCUAAUUUAGUGGAAAAGGCUAAUGAGACAUGUACUCCCAAACAAACGCUUAGAGAAGACAAUAGUGUGAAUAAAAAAGCAGAAGGAAUUGCAAAGCAUUCGAAAGAAAUCCAAACUGAGAUUAUUCAUAGCGAAUGCCCAAAGUGGCUAAAAGAACAACCCCCUCAAGCAUAUCCAUUUAAUUUCAUUAAUACAGUAACAAGAAAGUUGCAGGUAGCUAACAGUCAAAAACUAAAGACAGACAUAGGUAUACAAAAUUCUUUAAUGAGCCCAACGCAAGCUGAAAAGAAAGAAAUUCCACCAUCGGACAACAAAGUAGAUUCCAAUUGCAAAAAAGAUUUGAAAUCUUUCAUAACUCAUACAUGUUUAAAUUUAGAUCCCGCUGCUAUAGAACAUUUAGAACUUAUACCUAAAAAAACGUACGAUAUACAAAAGAUUUCGACGCAUAUAACCGAAACUGAAAGUGAAUCUGAUACUUCCAAAAAUAUCCCGGAGAUAUCGAGCGAAAGUGGAACUUCCUUAAAGAAAAACAAAGAAUCCGUUAGAAAGGCUUUAACGAUCAACACAGACAAAAUAGAUAAUAUGAAACUAAUCUCUCACCGAUCCGCAUCUCUGAUACCCACACAAUCAAGUAACAAUAACCAAAAAUACGAUAACAAAUCGUCUUACGCGUCGGAUUUCAAUACAGACAUCGAAACUGAAUCCAGCUUGGACAGAAGUCGGAGAUCUAUUAUAAGCUUCAACAGAUCUGGAUACAACAAAGUCAUAAUACCUCAACCAGAACAACCGAGCGUCGUCCCGUCUCCUAGAAGUCAAACGUCGCGUAGUAAAAACGCUUCGACUAUCAAUACUGAUGAUUUAUCAAAGAGCAUCAGAAGCAACAGAAAUGAAAGUGAAUCUCGGUUUGGAGAGGUUAAGGAAGUGGGGGAACAUCUGUCGAUACCCACAACCGAACAUUCUAACGUCGAUGAUGAAGUAAAGAAUAACGAAAAUCAAAUCAUAACGUCCAGUAAGAAUUCAGCUGCAGAUACAGAAAUCCGAAUGUCCAGUAGCAUAAGCACGAACCUCUCGAGAUCCAUUAAUAAAAAUAUCAAUAGCAGAAGAGGAUCUUCUAGUCUCAAAGAAGAAAAUGAAACAAAUGUUGUACCUCUAAGUGAACCUAAGAUAUCUCUAACGAAGGAUGCUGAUAGGAUCAAGUCUAAUUGUACAGAUAGAAGUAGUCAAAUGGUUAGAAAUUUGUCUGUGAGAUCGAGUAAAGUGUCAACCAAAACGGAUGCGAAAGACGCUAAUCAAAUUCAUUUGAAAUUUGAAGCUGAAAUACACCUAUUGAAUGAUUUUAAUGAAUCUUUAAGGAGAUUUUCCGCAUUGGAACAGGCAUUGGAGACUUUGAAAACCAAUAAUACGAUAACUUCUAAAAAUCUUCGAAACGGAAACGUCGAAACGUCUUCGAAGGCGCCAACGAAAUCCAACGAAAAAGUUAGAUCGAAAGAAAAUCAAUCGCAAAUGUCUCAAAUUAACUUUUCCAGAGGUUCCUUCAUAAAUACGUCUAUUGGCGAAGAUUUAGAUGUUCUGGCAAAUUCGAGUCUCGAUAAAGACACCAGUCUUCUUUCUACAGGUUUAGAAGUUUCUAAUUUGAAUUCGAUCGAUCCGUCGAUGUCUGUAAAUAGCUUGGAUCAUUUAUCGAAUUUCGAAAAUUUACAGAAUGUCAAUUGUGCUGGAUUAUCCCUUAAUAUGUUCGAACAACUAAUUAAAGACGAAGAUGCCCGACUAGAAAAUUUGAAGACCAUUUUAAAAAUUAGAGAACAAGCUCUACUGGAUAGAACUAAAGGUGAAUUGGCUUGGUUGGAAAUACAAAGAAAACAUUUCAAAGAAACCGGGAAAUUGCACGAGGCUUCUGUUAUAAAGAAAAAGCAAAGAGCUAUUUUGGUGAAUCAUCAGAAAGAAAAACAUGAAAUGCAAAGGCUUAAACAAAUGCAAAAAGCGGCGUCAAUUGAGCGAAAGAUAGUUCUCAAAGGGCAUCGUAAUUUAAUUAGACAGCAACUAUCGACGGAUAAUAUGUUGACAAAAAUGAAGGUACACGUACCGAAGGAACGUAGGUCAUCAGGACCAUUGAAAGUACUGCAGAGUCAUACGGAAUCUAUAAGAUCUGAAACUUCAAUUACCAAACGAAGCUCGAGCGAUAGGGAGAAAGAUGUACUAAGCAUCACUUCGACUACUCAUCAUUCUAUCAUAUCAGAAGUAUCUGAAAUCGAUGUACCUUCUAAAGAAGUACCGUCCUUGGAACGACAAAAUUGUAUAAAGAGAACUCUUUUGAUGCGCGAAGAGGCGUUGAGAAAACGAAGAAAAGCAGCCGAAGAAUUGUUACAAUGGCACAAAAAGUUAUUGGAAGAAGAAAAAAGAAUAACCAUAUUAGAAUCCGCAGCCAGUGCCAUAAUUUCUCAAAAACCUAAUACGGCAGCCGCAAGCGAAAAGUUCAAUUUCAAAGGAAAACAACUCAAUCAAUUAUGGUUCAAUUUGACAGGUAGCGAAGGAAAGAAAUUCGUCGAUGACAAAAUCUACCCCAUGUCUCAACUAGCAUUGGAGCGUUUCUGCAAGAGUGCUCGAGAGUAUUCGCUUAAAACAAAAACUUUACUCAAAAAAUCUAGUGAAAAUGAUAUGAGUGUCAGUGAAAACAUUCCGACGCAAAAGACAAGCUCCGACAACGAUUAUGUAUCAGAUUUCGAAGUCGAAUCUUCACCAAUCAUAGAAGAACCGGAUGUCGUCGACCAGAGCAUUGACAUUUUAAUAAAUAAUUUCAAUCAAAUACAAGAUGAUAUUUCCACAUUGAAUAUAAGCCGGACACGAAAAUCAGACGAAAGUCGAUCAGAUGAAAUCGUCAGCGAAGCAGAAAUAUCAGUCAUCGAAACGAAUACGUUAUUAUCCAAUAAACAAAAAGCUAUUUUAGGUUUAAUCGAAGACGAUAAAGAAACCAUCGAUGAAAAAUUUUCAGAAGAAUUGAAUACUUCUAUAAAGGAAAAUUCGACAAAAAUGAAAACCGACAGUAGUUUAGAAGAAUCUGUAAAAACAGGCAUACCAGAAUUGGAAAUGAAUGGGGAGGAACCCAUAAAACGAAAAGAUACUCCAAAUUUCAAUGAUAACAAUAAGGAAUCGAUCGAUGAAAUUUCAGAAGAAUUGAUGACGUCUGUAAAUGAAAACUCUGAGAAAAUAAUAACCGACAUACCAGAGCUAGAACCAAUUAAAAAUGAAACCAAAAAACAAAAAGUAACUCAAGGUUUUGAUGAAAACCAUUCAUCCAUUCAUGAUAAUUCAGAGGAAUUGAAUACAUCUAUAAAGGAAAAUUCGGAGAAAAUAAGAACCCACAGUAUUUUAGAAGAAUCUUCAAAAACACACGUACCAGAAUUGGAACUAAACGAGAAAGAACCCAAGAAAAGGAAAGUAACUCCAAGUUUCAAUGAAAACAAUAAGGAAUCCAUCAAUGAAAAUUCAGAGGAAAUGAAGACGUCUGUGAAGGAAAUUUCGGAAAAAUUAAGGACCGAUAGUAUUUUAGAAGAAUCUUUAAAAACAGACAUUCCACAAUUAGAACUAGAAUCAGUUCUAGCAGAUUCCUGUGAAAAAUCAAAAAUUUCUCCUAAGAAUAUUGAACUUAUAAUCAAAGAUAUAUCCGUUACAUUUAACGAAAAAAUAAAUGAAACCAAAUUUGAAAAGACAGAUGUAUCAAAUACAAAUAUAUCAAGAAAAAUAAACGAUAUUUCUAUUCCUCACAAAACCUUUAUCGACAAUGAACUUACUAAAGAUGAUUUGUUGGUACAGAAAAAUAUUGAAGAUGAUAUAGCAGUAGAAGAACCACACAUUAAUACUGUACCAACGGAAACUAAAGAAAGUUUAAACGAAUCUCAAGAAAUUCUAUCGAUUUUGGGCGAAACUGAAGUGAAGACCGGUUCUGAUGAACAAAUAGUUGAGGAUCAAACGAAAAAUAACUUAACGGAAACGGAAGAAAUACUUUCGAAACUGAGUCAUAUUGUUACAGUGGAAGAUACCAGUAGAAAGGAACGAGAAAAGAGUAAAGAAGAACCUGUUUUAAAUACUGAAGACGAAACUGAAUUGACAGGUUCUCCGCUAAAAUCCGAAGAUUUGACGAAUUCUUCUAAAACCGAUCAAGAUAUGCUGAGUGAAUCUUUGAUAAGGUUAUAUGUGAUUAGCGGAAGAGAUCAGUGGGAUAAAGAUGAUAACGAAGUUUUACAAGACGUUUCUGGCUUAGAACAAAUUAUUACCAACGGAUUAGAUGAAAGUAAAUUUUUGUUGCAAGUAAAAGAUUUAAACCAAGAAGAAGAAUCCGGGAAAAUCGAAGAAACGAACGUCGUUAAUACGAAAUGGCAAGAAGGCGAUGAUGAACUUAAAUCAGACGAAGAAAACGAGGAAAGCAAAUUAAUAGAAUCCGAUAAAUCUAACGAAUCUUUUAUUAUCAACGAUGAUGUGAUUCAAAAGCAAGAUGAUUCGGAAGAAUCAGAAAAGUCAUCGAAAGUUCCGGAAGAAAUUGAAACAGGCGAGGAUUAUUCUAUAACGGAGGAAGUAAGCAGUGCUAAAACUAGUUCAAAACCGAUAUCUAAUCUUAGCUAUGGUAUUAUUGAAAAAUCUCGUGUCGAAUAUACCAAUGAUGAUACUGAUGUGAAUACCGACAAGGAAGAUGGGUGCCAAGAAGAAAAAGAACACGAUUCGCUUUCUUCGAACGUCGAAGAAUCAUUUAGUGAUUUAUCAGAACAAGUAUCGAUGGCACAUGGUGAUAUCGAUAAAAACAAAACGCUUCUUGAAGAAAAAAUCGAUCACUCGUUAAUAAAUAAAAGUAAUUCUGAGGUUACUGUCGACGUUAAGAAGCGGGUAUCCGAAAUUUUAUCAGAUACCAACGCAUCUAGAGGCGAUAAAAGUCCUAGGCUGCAGGAUAUUUAUGUUACUACUUACGAUUUGAUCAGCCCGACGAAUUCACCCGAAAGAGCUCCCUCGAGUCCUAUUGAGGAACAUAAAUUGGUCACUAGUAUAUUCAAUAGCGAAGCUGAAGAACUUUUGAGAAAACAGUUAGCGGUUGAACAAGAAAUCAAAGCCAUUACUGAACAGCAAAAAGAACAAUUACCUUUAAUGUACAUCCGAGAAAUUCCGAAUAAACCACCACCGCCUUAUAUUCCUCCAUCUCCAAUAAGUAUAAUAACUACUCCGACGAUUAUACCAACCGCCGAGGAAAUUGAGGAAAUUACAUUAUAUUCAGCGAAAAUAUUACAUAAAGCUUAUUUAUCGAAUAAUUUAACAAAUGUUAGCAUUUCCAAUAACACGUUGAGUCUGAUAUCCAAAAAUAUCUCCAAGGAUUGUUAUAAGUUUGUUUUCAAUUUGUGUAAAGAAAUCGCACAAGAUCAUUACAAACAAUUUGAGGAAGAUAAUUCUCCCCCUUGGUUACGCAUUCAAAAAAAAAUAGGAUCCGGUCUAGUGAAGCCAUUAGAUACGGAAGGCUUGAAAAUUCAUAUGAUAAAAAACCUUAAAGAACUAUUCGGAUAUGAAAGAUCAUCUAAACGAGACAAUAAUAAAAUCAAGUGGAUCAAGAAGAAACGAGAUCAUGUUGAUGAAAUUUUGGUAGUGGAAUGCCAACAAGAAGAAACCCAAUGGACCAAUUAUCGAAAAGACGAACUGUUGGUAAAAGAUAACAUUGUUAAUGAAAUAUUUGAUAGUUUAUUAAUCGAUACGGCACAGGUAUUCAAAAAAAUAUUUCUAAAAAGAAAUUUGUAAUCUUUUUUGUUAUAUGAAAGACUGAUCUAGAUGAUAUUAAACGAUAUCCAGUUUUAUGGAAAUGUAAGAAUUUUGUAAAAAAUAUGAUAUUGUACUAAUUUGGUUGUAAUAUUAGCAGCUCUUAUCGAUAACACUGGUAAACAAAAAAUUUGUGAAUAACAAGACAAAUUUUAACUGAUUGUUUGGGAACGGGAUCAAGUGAAGUAAAAUUAUACUCAACAACUAAAUAUUAAUAUUACCUAAAUGCAUUAAGACAGUUUUUGAUACCGAUAUGAUUUUUUACCAAGAUUGAAGAGAUAACAGUUGAAAAUAUCGAUUUUUGUUCCUUUAAUUCAGAAUCUGGAAGUUUUAAAUGAUGAAUAUGAAAAACCAGUAUUAGGGGCUACCAAAAUCUUUAUAAGUUACAAUUCCUUGUUACAAAAUUUUGUUGUCCAGUGUAAUUGACCAUUUUAAAGUAUUAUUUUAUACCGUAAACUGCGGUUGAUUUGAUCAAUUUAACAAUUUGGUAUCGUGUAUUUUUCCAAGCUAACAUCUAAAAAUUUGAAAAAAUAAAAAUGACAAUAUCAGAAUUUAUUGUUCUUUUAAUGUGUCAAUUAUAAAAUUAUUAAUUGUUUGUAGUUAAAAGAAAAGUGAUCAAAGUUUAUACUCGAGUGGGCGGGUUAUUGGUUGUUUCAUGAGUGGUCAUAUGUUUAAAAAAACAAAAACUUUAAAUCUUCAACUUUCAUUUAUUUAUUAAAACCCUAAACAAUUGUACAGAAGAAAAUAUAACAAUUUCUAUUGCUCAUUAUAUGUCCAUUUUUAAGCAUUAUUUCCUUGUAGUUCUAUCGAGCUUACAAUCCUAACGACGAUGUCUUGCACUUUCUCUUCAUAUUGAUUCAGGUUGCUUCUCGUCAACAACUAAAGAGGAAAUUGUCAAUAGUUUUCUAUUGUAAUUGCAUAAUAAAUUUGCUAAUCGGUCUCUGCAUCUCAUAAAUCUAUUUUAUCACGGAUAGAGCCUCUUCAUCAACAUCAUGCUCAGCUUGCCCUUCGUAUCCUCUACUAUUUCUAUACGGACUUUUCGUUGCCCGAUCAUUUCCUAAAACUAUUUAGUACUUUCACAACUUUUGUGUCAACAUCUUCGGCAUUAAUAUAAUUUUCAUUUGGUAAAACUGUAUGUCAUUCAAAGUGUAAAUUCCUGUGGAACAGAAUCCACUCAUCAUAUUUAUAUUGAUUCUUGAAUCAGUAUCUAUAUGGAUGAUUGGGCUUUGGUUCUAACUUUUAUAAAUGAUAUUUGAUAUGAGAUACAUAAAAGUAUCUUUGGGCGUUUUGUUAGUCUUCCAUUCAAAUAAUUCCAUAAUUUUUUUUGGUGUUUUUGGAAAGUACUGGCAAUUUCAGCAAAAUGACGAAUUAUAUUGAUGGAGUUCAUUUUAUGAAUUCAUCGUUUAUAUUUUUUCGAUAUAAUAUGAACUUUCCAGGAUAAUGUAAAUAUCAGUUGAUUUAACUUUUAUAUAUUUAUAUAUUUUUGUUUAUUCAAUUGUUUUUACAAAAAAAAAUUCAUAACACAAAUAUUUUCAUUAUGUAUAUUCGUUUCCGAUAUUGUCAUUUUAAUUUCAUCGAUGCUGGACACAAUCGUAUUAUUUUAUUAUUUCUUAUGUUGUAAGUUAUUACUUAUUUUAAGAUAUUGUAUUAUUUUUAAUAUUUUAAUGUACAAAACUGAACCGCAAACAAAAACGUUUUUUGCUUACCCUAAGCCAGAUAUCUACAAAGAAAAAACUAUUUUGUGACCUUCAACCUGGAAUAUCUUAUGAAGUUGAAUAGUUGUUCUAUUAUUAUUAUUAGAAACGAUCCUAUUCCUAUUGAUAAAAUUGAUAAUACUACUCUUUAUAAACUCUUGUUGAUAGUUCCUCAAAUUUUAAAAUGCUCAGUCUCUGGUUACGAAUUUAAGAACCUCUAGAUUUGACUUUCCAAACAGAUCGUGUUGUGUACUCGAUAGCAGUCGUAGAUCAGAAAAAGAAUCAUUAGAAUCGUAUGUUUAUUUUACUUAGCAUUAUUUCCAAUAAAGGUCAGAUCUCUAGGAAAAUAAUUUCGUUGGCAUAGAAUUUAAGUCCUUUGGUGAUUCAGGAACCACAAAAUCUACACCGUACCUUACUAGUGAGGUAGGAGAAGGUAGGUACCUUCAAUGAUUCAUUGAUUUCGUCCAUAUUAUGGGAACACCAAGUGUAAAGGCUUCCAAAUUAUGACAGAUAAUCCUUUUUCACGUAUUGUUUCUUUGGUACUUGUUAAUCACGAAUUCGCCACAAUGAGUGUAAUUUAAAAAUUACUUUUUGUAACUGAAAAUGUGGGAUUGGAAUUUGAAUCACAAAACGAACUUUCAUUUUUCUUUUAACCAUUGAUGCCGUUGUAAUAAAAAAAAUAAAUCUUGUAGUCGUAAAUAUGCAAAUUGUUUAA